AUGCCUCGAUUUUCUAGAAGAAGUAUAUUAAUUAUAGGAAUCUUAUUCCAUGUUAUUUAUCUUCGAUCUAUCUUUGAUAUCUAUUUUACAUCUCCAUUAGUCCAUGGGAUGCAACAGUUCAAAGUUGAAAAUCAUAUUCCAGCAAAGCGACUUUUUCUUAUAGUUGGAGAUGGUCUAAGAGCAGAUAAAUUAUUCGAAUCAUAUUUAAAUCCGGAAACAAAUAUAUAUGAAACAUACGCACCAUUUUUACAAUCAAUUGUACUUAAUAAAGGUUGUUUCGGAAUAUCUCAUACUCGUGUUCCAACAGAAUCUAGACCUGGACAUGUCGCUAUUAUAGCAGGUUUCUAUGAAGAUGUAAGCGCAGUUACUAAAGGCUGGAAAACAAAUCCUGUUAAUUUUGACUCCGUUUUUAAUCAAUCCCAACAUACAUGGUCCUUCGGUUCACCAGAUAUUUUACCUAUGUUUGCGUACGGUGCAUCUGAUAUUUCAAGAGUUGAAACAUUUAUGUAUGAAAAAGAAAUGGAAGAUUUUUCUAAAGAUUCUACUAUUUUAGAUACAUGGGUUUUUGAUAAAGUAAUAGAAUUAUUUGAAAAUGCUACUUCGAAUUCAGCUAUAAAGGAGGCACUAUCGCAAGAUAAAAUAAUUUUUUUUCUUCAUUUACUUGGACUAGAUACUACUGGACAUUCAUAUCGUCCAUAUUCAAAAGAAUACCUAAAUAAUAUAAAAGUAGUGGAUUCUGGAGUCAAAAAAAUCGUGGAAUUUAUAGAGAAUUAUUACAAUGACGGAAAAACAGCAUGGAUAUUUACUUCUGAUCAUGGGAUGAGUGAUUUAGGAACACAUGGAGAUGGUCAUCCAGAUAAUACUCGCACUCCUUUAAUUGCCUGGGGCUCAGGGAUAAAUCCUCCAGAUAAACUAAAUGUUUCAGGCCACGAUGAAUUUUCUAAAAACUGGAUCAUUAGUUCUGUUAAACGUAUGGAUGUUCUUCAAGCAGACAUUGCACCACUUAUGGCUUAUCUUGUUGGGCUAAAUUUUCCUAUGAACUCUGUUGGUCAACUACCUUUAGACUAUUUAUCAUGCUCUCUUGAUAUUAAAUCUCAGGUAGCUUUUACUAAUGCACUAGAAGUAGCAGAACAAUAUAAAAUAAAACAUGAAUAUAAAUCCUUAACAAAAAUUGCGUUUAAACCAUUUAAACACUUGAAUAACAAAACACAUAAUUUAGAUACUUAUAAAAAUCAUAUCAAGACUCUUAUUGAUGACCAUAAAUACAAUGAAGCAAUCAAAAUUUGUAAAGAAAUGAUAAAAAUAUGCUUAGAAGGCUUACAAUAUCUACAAACAUACGAUUCUCUAUUUUUACGUUCAAUUAUUACAUUGGGAUAUCUUGGAUGGAUAGUAUUUAUGUUUAUUCAACUUAUCAAUAUCUAUAUUCCAAAAGAUACAUAUCAACCUAAAAGAACUAUCUUUUCAUCUUUAUUUUUUUCAUUUAUUUUAAUUGGUCUAUUUAUUAUACUAUACAUAGAAAAAUCGCCAUUAUUUUACUAUGCAUAUAUCAUAUUUCCUAUUUUUUUUUGGGAACAUAUUUUUACUAACAGAAAAAAUAUUUACAAAUGUUAUGUACUUUUUUUCAAAAAUAUAAAAAAAACAUACAAAAAUACAAUAUUUUUUGUAAAAUCGAUGCUAUAUAUCACCCUUUUGGAAACUAUAGUUAUUGGAUAUUCUCAAAGGAAGGUUUUUACAGCAUACUUCAUAUUAGUUUCAUUUUGGCCUUUGACUCAUGGAAUUAAAUUUAUUCGAGAUAAUAAAAUAUUAAUUUCUUUAUGGAUGUUAAAUUCUUUUAUAACCAGUACAUUUACUUUAUUUGAUACAGUAAAAAAAGAAAGAUUAUCUUUAAUUUUAAUUGGAGGUUUUAUUAUGUUUCUAUUUGGGACUAUAUAUUUGAUCUUUGGAGACUUAUUAUUAAAAAAAUAUAAAACUAUGGUUAAAAUGCCUCAAACUAUCAUCAGUCUUCAGCUAGGCUUGCUUAUUCUUUCAAUAGUAGUAACACAUUUAAGCGUACUAUCAUUACAAGCUAAAAAAGGCCUACCAUUUGGAAAUCAGGUGGUCGGAUGGCUAGUUUUAGUCUUUUCUUUAAUAAUUCCAUUUAUAACGCUAAUGAAGAAAAAGAACUAUUAUAUUCAUAAUCUCGUUAUAAUUUUCUUAAUGUUCUCACCUUCUUUUGUUAUUCUCUCUGUUUCAUAUGAAAAUAUUUUCUAUGUGUGUUUUUUUAGCACUUUGGCAUUAUGGGUUCAGAUUGAGUAUAAAAUUAGACUGAAAAUCGCACCUCGCGACAGAAAUAGGGGAUUGGAAAAGAAUCAAGAACUUCUGUUUCACGAAAAUCUAAGAACAGCAUUAUUUUAUCUUUUUUUUAUACAAGAGGCAUUUUUUGGAACAGGAAACAUUGCAUCUAUAUCGUCUUUUACAUUAGAUUCAAUUUAUAGGUUAAUCCCUAUAUUUAAUCCGUUUUCUCAAGCAGCACUUUUACUAUUUAAACUCUUAAUUCCUUUUAUAAUUAUAUCAGCUAACUUAGGAAUUCUUAACCAGAAAUUAGGAAUCCCUCCAUCAACAUUAUUUAUGAUAGUCUUAAGUAUAUCAGAUAUUUUAACAUUAAAUUUUUUCUAUCUUGUCAAAAAUGAAGGAAGCUGGCUUGAGAUAGGCUCUAGUAUUUCUGCUUUUUGUAUCGCAAAUCUCCAAAUAUUAUAUGUAAUUAUUCUUGAAAAGGCAUCAGACUUCCUAGUCGGAGAUUCAUACAUUCCUAUUGAAGAAAUUUAUUAG